AAACCGACGAUAAGUUUUGUCAGUAUUUCAGCAAAUUCAAACGAUGCAUUGGAGGAACAGUGCGAAGAUGCUGUUUUUAAACUUUGCUGUACGCGAGAACGUUAUUCCGUUCGUUGUGCCAAUCAACUAGAAAAAUAUUUAAAAUUGUGUACCGAUAAACAAGUUGCAAAAAUUAAAAUUGCACCUGCUCCAAAUUUUGAGAGGCCAGUUAUGACAGAGGAACAAAAACACCUCUUAUAUGAAUAUAAAGUUUCUUCUAGAAAUGAAAUACAAAAAAAUUCAAAAAAUGAUGUACGACUCAUGUUGAAUAGAUUGAAAGAAUUAAAAAACAUUGUAAAACAGAUAGAACAAUCCAGUAGCAGUGAAAUAUAUCAAUAUUUGAAAUAAUAAGGGACCACCACAGGACAAAUGAAAUAUUAUGUGAUUAAA